GUGUCAAAAUGGCGAACGUAGGCGCCGCCGCCGCCGCAGCCGCCGCCGCAGCUGCUGCUGCAAGAGACCCAGCUGUUGAUCGUUCACUUCGAUCAGUGUUUGUGGGAAACAUUCCAUAUGAAGCUACAGAGGAACAACUGAAAGAUAUAUUUUCUGAAGUAGGACUUGUGGUGAGUUUCAGGUUAGUGUAUGACAGAGAAACAGGAAAGCCAAAGGGUUAUGGCUUCUGUGAGUACCAGGACCAGGAGACUGCUCUCAGUGCUAUGCGCAACUUGAAUGGCAGAGAAUUUAGUGGUCGCGCACUUCGGGUUGACAAUGCAGCAAGUGAAAAAAACAAAGAAGAGCUUAAAAGCCUGGGCACAGGAGCUCCUAUCAUCGAGUCUCCAUAUGGGGAUAGUGUACAGCCAGAAGAAGCCCCAGAAUCCAUUAGCAGAGCUGUCGCCAGUCUACCACCAGAACAAAUGUUUGAACUAAUGAAACAGAUGAAGUUGUGUGUGCAAAAUAGUCCACAGGAGGCAAGAAACAUGCUGCUACAGAAUCCUCAGUUGGCCUAUGCUUUAUUGCAGGCCCAAGUUGUUAUGCGCAUAGUUGAUCCUGAAAUAGCUUUGAAAAUGCUUCAUCGUCAAACUACAGUCCAACCCCUUGUUCCAAGUGGACAAAGUGGGGCCACACCAGUGGGUAACCCGCCUCCCGCCCAGCCCAAUGCUCCAGUCUCACAGCCACAGCCUGUGCCUGGGAUGCAUGUCAAUGGAGCUCCUCAAAUGAUGCAGCCUCCUAAUAUGGGUGUGGUUCCUGGACCUAUGCCUGGCCCUGGGCCAGGGCCUUCACCUGUCGGACCUCCAGGACCAGGUGGUAUUCCCCCGAGAGGUCUUUUAGGAGAUGGUCCCAAUGACCCCAGAGGUGGAACUCUCUUGUCUGUCACUGGAGAGGUGAUUGAUCCCAAUCGAGGUUACAUGGGAGCCCCACCUCCACUCCAAGCACCCCCUGUGCACAUGGGCCAGAUGGGUACUGGACCUCCUCCUGAUAUGAGAGGGCCUCCAAUGGACAUGAGGGGUCCUCCUAUGGGUGAACCACGAAAUAUGAUGGGUGACCCCCGAGGGCCCCCAAUGAUGGAGCCUCGUGGACCUCCAAUGGAGACGAGAGGUCGUGACCCCCGGGCUAUGGAUGCUCGCGUGCCUGCGGGUAAUCAGAGGGUUCCUAUGGCUGGAGGAAUGCCAGGUCCUGUUCCCCACAAUAUGGGUCCUAAUGCUCCUCCACCUGUGAGACCAGCCGGAGGAGGUUUUAGCCCUGGACAGGGACCUGUCUCUUCUCAAGACCAAGAAAAGGCUGCUCUCAUUAUGCAAGUGCUGCAGCUCACCCCAGAACAGAUCGCCAUGCUGCCCCCAGAACAGCGACAGAGCAUCCUCAUCCUCAAGGAACAGAUUCAGAAGACGGCCAGUGGAGCACCUUGAUCAUACCAUAUAGCCACUGAAACCUGCUGAAACAUUCUGAGAAAGUUUUUGCUUAUUAAGAUUGUUGUAAACAUUUUGUUUGUACCUGUCUGUUCUGUACAGUUGUCUAGAGCCAACAUUUGUGAAUUUAUGGUAUAUCAAUAUUGACCUCUCCAAAUACAGAAUACUUUUUUCCCAAUAAAAAAUAAAAACACA